AUGUUCAAAAAGGCUCAAUGUCUCAUAAUUCGUAACAAACCUAAUCCUCAUUACUCUGUACAAACCAAACUUCUGCAGCAACGCCAAUAUGCGGCCUCUAGUAAAGGCAAGGGAUCAAGAACAAAGAUGGAACCUGCACCUGCUCCUCCGGAUGGGCAACUACCCUCUCUUGAUAAAUGGAAGGAAACGUUCUGGCAUCAAAGCAUGAAGCCAAUACUUCAUAACCUGGUCACUGGGAGGAAGCUAGUGGAAGCGUUUGGCAUCUACGAUGCAAAGGUCCCAAAGGUUAUCAUUGAAGCAUUCGCUGGUCCUGGUGUUUUAUCAAGAGCGUUGUGUGAAUUGCCACCUUCCAAGAUGAGCAAGCUCAUCAUACUCGAGAACAAUCCUAUGUAUCUACCAUAUUUAGAGACUCUGGCGGCCUUGGAUAAGAGAGUCGUACUACGACCUUACGACGGCUGGUCGUGGGAUUCAUAUAAUAAGAUAUCGAACGAAGGCCUAUUGGACGAUAUUGAACCCGAGAACUGGAAUAACACCAUCCGAGAUUCUCUAUCAGCAGAGUUGGCCUUAGAUUCCAAAGCCCUCGAGACGUACCCGGCUCAUUUCUUUCCUCCACAUAAACAUGGAAAAGACUUUAUGGUAGCGGCUAAUUUCCGGCCUUUGGGUUACCAG